AUGGCUCCAGUUAGUAUUGAAUCAAGGCGAGUCUAUGCUACCAGCAGUCUUGUGUUGGGUUAUGCUGUGUGCUCUAGUCUGCUCGCUGUGAUAAACAAGUUCGCCAUUACCAAAUUUAAUUACCCUGGUCUCCUCACUGCUUUGCAGUACUUGACUUCAGCUCUUGGGGUUUGGGUUCUGGGCAAAUUGGGUUUGUUGCAUCAUGAUGCCUUUACAUGGGACACGGCCAAGAAAUUCCUGCCUGCAGCUUUUGUUUUUUAUUUGGCAAUAUUCACUAACACCAAUCUCUUACGCCAUGCCAAUGUGGAUACUUUCAUAGUGUUCAGAUCUUGUACACCCCUUCUGGUGGCUCUUGCUGAUACUGUAUUUAGGAAGCAACCUUUGCCAUCCAAGUGGACAUUUUUAUCGUUGGUGGUCAUUUUGGGUGGUGCCAUUGGGUAUGUUGCUACUGAUUCUGGAUUUACAUUGACUGCGUAUUCAUGGGCUUUUGCUUAUUUGGUGACUAUCACCACUGAGAUGGUAUACAUUAAGCACAUGGUCACGAAUCUCGGAUUGAAUACAUGGGGUUUCGUGUUGUACAACAAUUUGUUGUCGUUGAUGAUGGCUCCUGUGUUUUGGAUUGUGACUAGAGAGUAUGCUGAUGUAUUCCGUGCCGUGGGAGCAAACAGAGAGUUUGAUCUUGUUGCGUUUCUGGCAGUGUCUUUGUCUUGUUUGUUUGGAUUGCUUAUUAGUUUCUUUGGUUUUGCGGCUAGAAAGGCAAUAUCUGCUACUGCAUUCACUGUGACUGGUGUAGUGAAUAAGUUUCUGACUGUGGCUAUCAAUGUGGUGAUCUGGGAUAAGCAUGCCAGUCCAACUGGUUUGGUCUGCUUACUGUUGACAAUUUUUGGUGGUGUUAUGUACCAGCAAUCUGUUACUGGAGUAAGCAAUGCUCCUGCUCAACUGCAGUUGGAACGCAAGAAUAAUGAUGAUCGUCUCACUGAUGAUGUAGAAAAGGGUACUCAGUAA